CUGGUGGAGCCGAGUGGAAGGAAUGCCUGUAGUUGCCGUAUUCAUCACUCUUCCGCUUCUUCUUGUUUCUGAACCUCUUCAAUGGCGGGAUUCUAGGGUUUUCACUUGGUUUCGGUAUUCUCUUUUGCAUUUUACAUGCGGCGGCGUUUUUCUUAACAGUAGCUUUUCCUUUUUCAUUCUUCGUUCUUGUGCUUUCUUUUGCUUUCUUUUGCUUUCUUUUGCUUCUUCCCUCGUAUAUUGGUUGGUGCUAUUUGUAUAUUGCUGUGCAUUAUAUGUUUUUUUAUUCUUUUUUUGGUUGGGAAGAUAGAGUAGUUUUUUUCGAUAUGGAGAAGAUUGUAUCGGAUAUGAAAGUUGCGGAGUGGAAGCGGAGUAGUCUGUACAAAGCGCACGAACGGUUACAUAUGGAGGCUUCUUCAUUUUUGCUUCUUAGUCUUCAGUGGAAGGACUUGGAGAUGCACUUUGAUUCGACUCGUGAUAUGAUUCAGACGGAGUACGAGGAGCUUGAACGGCGGGAGAAGGCGAUUAAGUUGAAGGAAGAGCAGUUGGAGGAUGUGGAGAAAUCUAUUGAUGCAUGCUCGAAAGAGAUUGAGUUGAAGAAGAAUGAAUUGUUCGAGUUGAAUCGUUUGAUUGUGAAGUGUGAUGAUGCGAUUAGAUUGAAAGAGUCGGAAUUGGAUUUAGCACAAGAGAGACUGGGAGGUUUGUCGAAGGAUAUUGAAUUGAAAGAAGACACGGUCAAUAAAGUAUGCACGAGAAUCUUGGACGUUAAGAAGGAGUUUGACGAUAAGGAGAAGGCUUUUGAUAUGAUUCGAAAGAGGAUUGACGAUUGUGAGUAUGUGAUGGAAUUAAAAGAACAAAAAUUAAAUGGAAUACUACAGUUAAUCGAAGAGCGAUCAAUUGAAUGUGAUUUCAAGGGGAAGAGUGUAGAAAUGAUUAAAGAAUUGCUUCAAGAACAUGAAAAAGAGCUUGCAACCAAGAAGAAACAAUAUGAUGCAAUUCAGAUGGCAAUUAAAGAGAGCGACGUAGAACUCAAACUUAAAGAAAAGGAGCUUCAGACAAUUCAAAAUAUGAUUGCCACAAAGUGGAAAGAGAAGAGAUUAGACAAGAUGGAAAAGGCUAUAAAAUUGAGGACUGAAGAGAUUGAACUUAAGGAGAAGGAGUUUGGUGUAAUGGAGAGCAAGUUGAAGCCUCUUUCUGAAGAGUUAAUAUCAAAGGAAUCAGAAUUAGAAUCCAUCAAAACGUGUAUCAAGGAGCAUAGUAAAGAACUUGAUGUGCAGGAAAAGCAGCUCGACAGCACCCAACAAUCUAUUCAAGAUUGUCAAAAUGCUGUUAUACUGCUUACAAAUUAUGCUAGUGCAAUAGUUAAGGAAAUUAUCCAAUGCUCGAAGGAAUGGGAGUUGAAGGAGAAUCAUCUUGAUCCACUCCAAGAAUCCAUGGAUGACUACUCGAACAAUGAGUUUCCUCCUGUGAUGAAAGAACACGAUUCCAUUUCUUUGAUAGUGGAUAAAUGCCUUGAAGGCCUAAAAGCUCAAAAAGGGCAUUUCAAUUUGUUGAGAAAAUCAAUAGAAGAGCGCUCAAAGAAUCUUAAGAAUGAAGAAAAUAAUUUUGAAAAACGAUUAGAGGAGCUCAACAAGAAAGAUGAGAAAGUGAGCACGUACCUAAAAGAGAUUGAAUAUUUAAAAGCAGACUUGGCUUCCCAGGUAGCGCUGCUGGAUAAAGGCGGUGAAGGUCGAUUAAAGGAAAUACAACACAAGGGGCUGGGUGAGAAACUUGAUUCAAAAGAAAAAGAUAUCAGUUUAGUCAGAGAUUUGAUGGAAACAUGUAAUGAGAAGGUAAGAUUAGUAAAAAAGGAGGAAUCAGGCUGCAUACCAACUGCAAGUUCUAAUAUGUUGAAUUUUCAUACCGGGUCGGCCUUGGAUGGAACGCUUCUGUUAGUUCUCUUAUGUGAACAUCUGAAACUACAUGAUUUGGUACGCACGGAACUGAUUAUUACUCUAAAAACAUCCUCUGAUCCAGCUAAGUUGGUUCUAGAUGCUUUGAGAUGGUUCUACUCUCCACAUACGGUGUCGGAAGAUGCAAAAAUCGAUUUUCAUAAUGCCAAGAGGGGAUGCAUUUUUCUGUCUGAACUAUUAUUGAAAUUCUCACCACAAAUCACGGCUCCACUGAAAGAAGAAGCUCUAAAGCUGGCUGGCCAGUGGAAGGCUAAGAUGUCAAUGGCAGUUGAUAAUCAUGUGGAAGUGGUGGCAUUCUUGCUACUUGUGGCUAAUUUUCAGUUGGCCUCAGAUUUUGAUGCAGCUGAACUACAGAUUCUUCUGAAUUCUGUUUCACAAUAUAAACAAGCACUUGAGCUAGCCCGAGCGCUUGGUAUUGGAGAUAAAUCUUCUGAGGGCAGAGCAACUCCUAGCUCAGCUAAACCGGAGCAACCAGAAUCUUUGCCAGCCAAAGAAGUGGAGUUGUCUUCCUUAAAAAAUGAGCAGCUCAGCAUGGAUCCAAAUGAGGAGAGAUUAUAUUUACUUCUAAACAAUCAGUUGACUAGACAAAAAUUGGUGCCAAGUGCAAUCUUAUUAUUUCUUGAAAAGUCAUCAGACCCUGCAAAACUUGUCUUGGAUCUGAUUAAAGGUUAUGUUCACCAACAGUUGAAUAAAGAACAGAUAGGCUUUGAAGAAAGUUUCUUGAGGUGGUCCACACUUCUUUUAAAGCAACUAAAGCAAAUCUCACCAAGUAUUGGUCCAAAGGAAAGAGAAGAUGCAAUGAAGCUUGCAAUUGACUUGAAAUUGAACAUGAGAAAUGAUACAAAUGGUUCUAUGGAUGCUGUUGUCUUCUUGCUACUCAUAGUGUCGUAUGGAUUGACGACUUCAUUCAGUGGGGAUGAGAUUUUGAAGCUCUUUGAGAACGUAGUGCUUCAUGAACAGGCAUCAGAAUUGUGUCUGAUGUUUGGGUAUAAUCAAAAGAUACAAGAGCUUGUACAAAAUCUUAUUGGAACAAAGCAGUUUGUUAGGGCCGUCAGGUUUAUAUGUGGAUACAAGUUGGCAUCAUUUCGACCUGUACAGAUCCUGAACGAAUAUUUGCGAGAUGCAAGGAAUGCCACUGUAAAAGCCAUCAUUCAAGACAAUACAGGUCAGGAAGAUGUCCGUGCUGCCAUGGUUGAAGCCAUAGACAAGGAGAUAGAUGCUGUGAAUUCAGUAGUUACAUGCGUUGCAGAUUGUAACCUUGGUUCUGAAAUCUCCUCUCAAGGGCUUGAAAGCCUUGUUGUUUCACUUAAAGAUAUGAAAAGGUUGAUACGCAACAGCCAUGGUCAACCAAUAAGUUUGACUGAUCAACAGCCACAUUCCAUCGUUGUUCAGCCACAAUCACCACCUCGGGCCAAUUGCGAAGUCCAACGCACAUAUCCGACCAAGGGCGAAAUGAAACAGCAGCUGAAUUGGGAUAAGUCCGAAGCGCAAAAACUGCGCUCAAACCAUGAAGCCUGGCAGCACCAUUCUCCUCCAACCCAUCAACCCCAUCAGCAACAUUCUCCUCCAACCCAUCAACCCCAUCAGCAACAUUCUCCUCCAACCCAUCAACCCCAUCAGCAACAUUCUCCUCCAACCCAUCAACCCCAUCAGCAACAUUCUCCUCCAACCCAUCAACCCCAUCAGCAACAUUCUCCUCCAACCCAUCAACCCCAUCAGCAACAUUCUCCUCCAACCCAUCAACCCCAUCAGCAACAUUCUCCUCCAACCCAUCAACCCCAUCAGCAACAUUCUCCUCCAACCCAUCAACCCCAUCAGCAACAUUCUCCUCCAACCCAUCAACCCCAUCAGCAACAUUCUCCUCCAACCCAUCAACCCCAUCAGCAACAUUCUCCUCCAACCCAUCAACCCCAUCAGCAACAUUCUCCUCCAACCCAUCAACCCCAUCAGCAACAUUCUCCUCCAACCCAUCAACCCCAUCAGCAACAUUCUCCUCCAACCCAUCAACCCCAUCAGCAACAUUCUCCUCCAACCCAUCAACCCCAUCAGCAACAUUCUCCUCCAACCCAUCAACCCCAUCAGCAACAUUCUCCUCCAACCCAUCAACCCCAUCAGCAACAUUCUCCUCCAACCCAUCAACCCCAUCAGCAGCAAUAUCCAUCCAAUAAUUCCACACUGCAACAACUGCAGAAGAAACGGAAGAGUAUUCAGUAUAAAAAUCAUUCAAUGAAGUACCCUCGAAAGCGUCCAUCAACUGGACCUGUGUUUACAAGUUCAUCUCCUAGAGUACAUGAUAAAAAAUCCAAGUUUCAGCGGUACAAUUCAAGAUUUUCUGCAAUGCCCAGGCUAUUUGGUUUCCGUGAGGGUGGUCGUGCUACUGAACUUGGAAAUCGUACCACGUCCCCAACCAGGUCUAGACCAUAACCUAUGUCGAGGUAUGCUUUUCAACUAAUCUAAUAUUAUUGUUUUGGUAGUUAGUUCUAUUGUAAAUGCUUUUAGGAGUAGUGAGUAGAUUUUGUGUCAUAGAUGGCACUAUUAUAGUUGCCUUCGUUCUAGAAGGUGUUCAACUUGCAAAAAUGUGCUGGCAUGACAUGAAAAUGUUAGUUUUGUAGAUUUUUGCGUGGUUGACCUAGAUAGAAACAUCAAUGUUGAUAUCCAACCCUCAAACUUAUACAUAUAUUGAUGUAUAUUUGAAUAUCA